UCGCAUGCAUCGUAUUCUGGUAACUAGAUCAAUAAUAUCCUCUACAUUUUGGGGUGGUUCAGCGACUUGUUUUAUGGAGCUUGAUGUGGUUACUGUGGUUGUGUUGGUGGCGCUGCGUCGCUCCGCUGCGCCCACAGACUGAUCCGGUGACACAGCGCUGGGAUGAGCGGUGGAGCUGGCAGCAGCUGGGACAUGUCUGAGUAGAAACCUGCAAUACUUUCUCACACACACACACACACACACACACGUUCAGCAUCAACCCGCGGUGAAGAUGGGCCAGUGUGGCAUCACGUCGUCAAAGACGGUCCUGGUCUUCCUGAACCUGAUAUUUUGGGCUGCUGCUGGCAUCCUGUGCUAUGUUGGAGCCUAUGUCUUCAUCACAUACGAUGACUACGAUCACUUCUUUGAAGAUGUGUACACUCUCAUCCCAGCGGUGACCAUUAUUGCAGUUGGAGCCCUCCUUUUCAUCAUUGGGCUCAUUGGAUGCUGGGCUACAGUGAGAGAGAGCUACUGUGGUCUCACAACGUUUGUCGUCAUUCUCCUGCUGGUUUUCAUGACGGAAGUGGCUGUGGUGGUUCUCGGAUAUGUUUACAGAGCAAAGGUUGAAAAUGAAGUAAAUGUUUCGAUCAAGAAAGUGUACGAUGAGUACAAUGGCACCAACAGCAAUGCCCAGAGCCGUGCCAUCGACUACAUUCAGAGACAGCUUCAGUGUUGUGGGAUCCACAAUUACUCAGACUGGCGGAAUACACACUGGUAUGAAGAAUCCAAAAACAACAGCGUGCCCAUCAGCUGUUGCAAAACAAACUUUGGAAGCUGCACGGGGUCCCUCACUCAUCCUGAAGAUCUCUACCAAGAAGGUUGUGAAGCUCUGGUGGUGAAGAAGUUGAAGGAGAUCAUGAUGUAUGUCAUUUGGACUGCACUGACAUUUGCUGCAGUCCAGAUGCUGGGGAUGUUGUGUACAUGCGUCGUGCUGUGCCGCAGAGCCAGAGAUCCUACCUACGAGCUUCUUAUUACAGGAGGCACCUAUGCAUAAAGGACAACACAUUUUUCACACCAUAACACACACUUUCAGAACUAACGUGUAAUUGGUGAGAGCAUGAAAAUAAUAUAUUACCGCACUAACCUUAAACAACAACCAUACUAUAGUUCUAUAUUUUACCUGUUUUUCCCCAAAAAAGCUACAGACCAAAUUCUUAAAUGGUCAAUGACAUGUAGAACGCAUUCUGAUGCUUAUGAUGGCACGAGGGCGUACAACCUCUUGUGUGGAGUAAAAUACCGAUGGGAUGUUUCCUCAUAUUUUGGUUUGCACUAUGUGUAUGGCUUUGAGUAUUUCAUGUUUAAAUCUGUUCUGUACCUACAUAUAAUUUGAAUUAAAUUACCUCCACUACUACUAUUCUACUAUUACAGCUCAGUUUUGGUUGAAAGCUCACCUUUCAGCAGCAGUAUUUUGUCCGGAAAUAGUGGACACCACAGCCCAAGCUAGUGACAAGUUAUUGCAUGUAAAGUGUGUAACUCAACUGGCGUCUGCUUGUCUGAUCUUUCUUUUAAGACUCCAGCUUUUUAAUCCCCUUCGGUGUGUGUGUGGGGGUUUUUCAAGUAGUAAUGCAUUCUUAACUCAAGAUAGACUUUGUCCUAUAGCGGUUUGUUUGUUUUUGUCUCAGCAGUCCACUUCUGAUAGUUUAAGAAUUGUAUUUGCUGAUUUGUAGCAAUAGCAGGACUCAAGAAUGUAAAUAAAAUGUGGGGAAAAGUUGAAA